UUACGUUUGCACCGAAAAAAAGGAAGUGGACGGUAAAUAGUGCGAUUACACGAGAAGAGCGCUCUAUAGUCUAUUAUGCGGACCCAACAGAACGGAAUGGCCCACUUCUUGAGUUAAUUCAUCGGGGUGAGUUUGUAGCAUUAUACGGGCCACGAGCCUCGGGAAAGUCUACACGGGUGCUUGCAAUUCAAGAUCAGUUGCAAAACGAACGCUAUGAACUUCAGGGCCAGUCUGAACGCUAUAUUUGCAUCUACAUAACUCUUGAACAGAUAAAUAUAGAAAGUGUGGACACAUUCUGGUCGACACUUGGACACCAUCUUUACCUUGAUGCUACCCAAUACUCUCAAUUAAAUACUAUUAAGUCUGCUGAUGAUUUCGAUAUGGCAUUUAAAAAAAGCGAUUGGAGAGGUCGCAUUGUUCUUUUUAUCGAUGAAUUCGAUAAAUUGUAUAGAGCGAGUGAAGACGUUAAAUCAUCAUGCCUGGAGACUCUGCGUGCUAUUAAAGCAUCAAAAAAAAACUACGCUAUCUGGUCUGUUGUGGCUAUUGGGCCCUUUAGUAUUCUGAAUCUGAGAUCGAAUAAUCUAACUACGUCACCCUUUAACGACAAUGACCCAUUUCGCAACCCAAACUUCACUUUGGAACAAGUGCACUUCCUGUACAAACAGUUCGCGGACGAGUACAGACUGACCAUUGACCAAGAGGUUAUUGAGGAUAUACAUAUGCAGACAAAUGGGCACGCUGGUCUUGUCUGCCUUUGUGGGCGUGCGAUCUUUCGAAAGAUAUUGUCAAGGCUAGAUGAAAAGAAGCAUAUCAGCUUUAGCAUAUGGGAACGCUUUAGCAUGAUGUCUUUGGGGGAUGAGAUAAUCGAAUACCAGACAUUCUCAAGGAUGAAGGACGCCCUUCUAAUAGAUGAUACUGAUACUAGGCGUGCUAUGAAACUCUUUCGAUCAAAUUUCUUAUCGAAUAUUGAACCUGUACCUGUUGCUGACGACCAAAUGGAUUUAGCGUUAUUCCUCACAGCUGAAGGAGUCUUAGUUCCCGGGGAAGAAGCUGGCACCUUCAAGAUUUCCUCACCCUUAGUGCGCUGGCUAAUCCUUCAACGAGUGAUUCCUAAGGUGUUUCCCUCCUCUCCGAAAAUUGAAGUACCUUACCAUUCUGAUUCGGGUGGCCCAAAUAUUUUCGAGAUCUUGAAACAGACUAUCCGCACGUUUGACAGAGAGAACAUGAAAUUGGCAUGCAUGCGUUCAUUCAAGAAGGCGUAUGUGAAU